UGGCGUUACACCACAAUAAAAAAAAAAGAGGCUUCUGUUGCGUAUGCAUAAAGUCUGGAAGUAAGCUGCAAACAGUUAUGCAUACAGGUGGUACUUAAUGGUAUAGCAUUUUGACAAACCAAAAUUGGCGGGUAAACCAACAAUUCUGAGGGUGUAGCUAGGCUAGCGUACAUACAAAGAGUACAGAUUAGGGUUAGGCUGGACCAAUGCACGCUCAUUUUCGCCUGCUGCUGCGCACAGACGACUGUUUAUUCAGAGAAGCCUAGCCUAGGCCUACCCUGCAUUGGCUAGAUAGAGGCCUAGUCUCCAGUACAGUCAGUAGCUUCACAGGUGACUGCUACACAUCGUCAGCUCACAUCGUGAGUGGUGUGAGUGCUGGAUUGUCCUCUGUUGCAGUUCCUCGGUUUUGACACUUUCGCUACUCAGUGUUUGUCAUCUAACUUUAUAUAAACAGUAGGCCUAGACUUGCCCUGAUCACUUCACUCUCUACUAUGGCUGCUGUUGGCAUAAACUACAGAAAAAUUCCUUGCCGGUUCUUUUUGAAUGGCAAGUGUAAUCAUGGUUCUAACUGCAAGUACUCCCAUGACCAGUCGAACAAGCCAUCAUCAUUGUGUGUCUACUAUCUUGAAGGAAGAUGCAUGUAUGGUGAUAAAUGCAGAUUUGAUCAUGAUAAAGAGCUGGCAUCUACUUUCCGUGUCCCUACUACUACAAUGAAGCUGGAUGACAGUUUGUCCAAAAUGACCAUAUUAAAAAGAGAGGGCAAUAAGGAUGCAAAUGAUCUGGGAAAUGUUACAUCUUUGAUCAGUUGUUCUUUCAAAAUGGAAGACUGUAUAGGUGCUGCAGAAUUUGUUCCAGGCAAGCCAUAUCAGGGAAAAAUGCCAUCUUCAUAUUCUGCUGCAGCCUCAUCUGGUGUUGAUGUCAGUUCUGAAGUGGUGUAUCUUGGCAAUUCAGUGGCAAAGGAAUCCAAGCAGCUUCUCUGUCCAUUUCUGCUACAGGGCAACUGUCCCAAGAAUGACCAGUGUCCAUACACCCAUGGAGAUAGGUGCGAGUACUGCCGUCAACCCUGUCUACAUCCUGAUCAACCAGAUCUUAAUAAAGAACACAUUAAGGAAUGUAUUGCUCAUCACGAAGAAGAAAUGGAGAAAGCUUUUGCCUACCAGCGCAGCAAGGAUGUUCAGUGUGGUAUAUGCAUGGAAGUUAUACUAGAGAAAUCAAAUGUAAAGGAAAGGAAGUUUGGCGUGCUGUCGGACUGUAAGCAUCCCUAUUGUCUAAGCUGUAUAAGAAAGUGGAGAAGUGCUAAACAUUAUGAAAAGAAAGUUGUCCGAGGUUGUCCAACAUGUAGGAUACCAUCAAAUUUUGUUACACCUAGUGAUUAUUGGGUUGAAGAUCCUGAAGAGAAGAAGAAAAUUAUUGACAAGUACAAGUCAGUCCUAGGAAAUAAACAUUGCAAAUAUUUCAACAAGGGGAAGGGAAGCUGCCCCUUUAGUGGUAACUGCUUCUACCUGCACGAGUUUGAGGAUGGAACAAAAGAAGACCCUGCGACUGCUCCAAGGCGCGGUCGGAAUGCACAAGGUGGUCAUAUGCUCAACACCAUCAGUUUGUGGGACUUCCUAGAGGAAAGAGAGAAUAUGUUAUUUGAUUGGGAGAGUGAAGAUGAUGACCUUUGGUUCCUAUAUUACGAUUGGUCUGAUGACUACUACGACACUAGUGAUUACGAUGAUGAUUUCAGUGAUUACGUUGGCCUCGGGUUUAGUGAGAGCGAUGAUGAUGAUGAUGUUCUAUUUCGACAUCUAAGUACUGUGGCUGCUUCUUCAAGCAGCACAGGAACAGCUAAGGAAAUACCCAAAGCUAGUAGCAACGGAAGCAGUGCCAAGGAAGUGUAUAAAGUCGUGGUUGAUGAAUGCGAGGAUGAUUUUGGGGAUGAUGAAGACGGAUUGGUGUAAGUUUGUUCAAUGUUAGUUUAUAGCCUGUGAUGGAAAUAUGUUUUUGCUUCAAUGCUGUCUUUGAAUUGCUUAAAUCACACUGUAUGUUAUGGUACCUGUUAGCCAAAUACAAGUGGGGUAUCAUUUGCAAUACUGACAGAAUUGUACCAGAUUGUUUUUCUGUCAAAUUGAUGUCAUAUUUAGUGUAAAAGCUUGUGAUUUUUGUGUAUUAUCAAUAAUGGUAACAUCACCUAAAACAGAUAAUGAACUAGUAGAAUAGCAUGGUCCAUUACAUUUUCUCGGAUUGUAAACCAAAUAUUUACUGCAGAAGUAUUAGAUAAAUAUAAAUGAAGGUUACAUUCUUAUUUCAAUACUCAGAUGAGGAAAGUACUGUAGCUUGUCUAAACGAUGUCUAUAAGUUGGCAGAUUCUGAUUACACAGGUGACAUAAAGGAUUACAUUUUGGGAGUUGCAUCGAUCAAUAACACAUUUGAUUUUCACUUGCUUUCUAGCAUGGAAUAAAAUAUUAAAGCAAAUUCAGUUUAUAAUCAAGAUGAACAAAAAUAUGAUGUAUAAAUAUAUUUACAAUUAAUUAUAUUUAUUUGUGAUUACAUUGAUAAAGGAAUGAAACAUAACAUAUCCCGCAGGCAUGAAAUAUACGCAAUUAAUAUUAUGUUUAAAAAGCAGUGAUUUACCUAAUAUAAAAUUGUUGAAAUAAUACAACUUGCUAAACAUAUAUUUGCACUGUAGUACUAAACACAUUUGUACGCUAUGAUUUAGACCUGUUUUGCAUUGUAUUACAAAAUCCCAAGUUUCCCAAGAAUCAUGGGAGUUGCUUAGAAAUUAGUAGUCUCCAGCACUCCUGCAAAUUCAGAAUGUUUGCAUGUUUUUACUACUUCGUUUGCUAAUAAUAAGCCAGUUCGUAGUUUGAACUGCGCAUGCUCGUAUCACAGUCAAUCAACAUACUGUAUAAACAAGCAUACACAUGUGUACUGACUUCAAUUGACCACGGAUACAUUCAUGCGCAGUUCACGCCACAAAUUGUCUUAUUGUCUCCAAGAAAAUAGCUGACCGAGCAUAUUUUCACACACAGCAAAAUACAAUAGGGUUUGUUACCAGAUCUUUCAAAAACUAGCUUUUCCCAACUUGGAACUCUGUAUUAUUAUAACUAGUAUAAAUUGCCAAAUAUGAAGACUAAUGCUAUUAAUAUAGAGGUGUUUGAGGAGUAAGGCAUCUAUUUUGUAUUUGUGUACUGUAUGUGAACAAAAAUAUAUGUAUGCAUUGUAACAAAAUAGUCAAAUUUUCUUGCUAGGAAAAUUACUAAAUUACUAAUAUGCGAAUUACUAAUAUGCGAUUUAUACCAAAUAAUUUCUUCCCAGUUAAUCUUGUAAAUAUUUUUUUUCAAUGAAUUUUAAAAAUCUGAUUAUGAUUGCAGUUAGUUUAUAGUCUGCAAUAACUUCUUGCAUAUUGCAUUAACUUUUAAUUCAUGUAAUUACUCAAAUCCUUGUAAAAAAAAAUAGUUAGUAUUAUCUUGCCAAAUUAUAGUGCGUAUAUAUUUUUGAAAUCUAUGUUGUUUAUGAGUCAUGUUAAUUUUGACUAAAGUUCUGUUCACACUAUUAAGAUUUAUCUGACAUAAGUGUGAUUGGCCGAUAUCUGAGUAUGACAUCAUCAUCAUCUCCAUAUAUGGGCAAAUCACACAACUCUGUGGGAACAGGGCUUUAGAAUGUGUUGUGAUUGAAAACAAGGCUAUUUUAAUCUUUUGUAUUAUAUGAUUCUGUAGAAGCAAUAGGCAAUCUUAGUCUACACUUAAUUUUGGUAUCAGACCUAAAGGUAGUUAUGGUGUAAAGUGAUGGCUGCUGAGACAAAAAUGUGGCCCCCGGGAAGAUCCAUAAAUUGUCCCCUCCCCUCCUUAAAAUUUUGAAUGAUAAUAUAUUUUUGUUCUUUUGAAAAGGCGAGGUUUAGAAAAUGUUGGAUCCGAGAUACCUGUUUGCUGCUUCAGUCAUCCUACCAACUUAGUAAUGUGUUGCCCUGGGGAUAAAAAUUCAUUUUCAAUCAUUCCAUCAUUUUAUACCACAAUUUACGUAUGAAUGGUUUAGAUCUAUGAAAAACAAGUAUUAAUAAGGAUAUUACUACAGUAUUGGCUGCAUAUAUAAUACUGUAGUUUAAUCAUUAUAAACAUUGUAAAUAUAAUAACUCUGGAUGUGAAGGAGGAUUCCAUCCACCAUUUAAGAAACAGAAUUUCUUUAUAUUUUAUAUAUAUUUUGCAUUACCAUCAUAUAUUAUAUUUAAAUCAGUUCAAUUAUUAACAACUAUCUUUGAUUAAUAUGAAUUCUGGAAAGAAGUAUCAAGUAUAUUUCUCCACAACAAUGUACAAAGUAGUUGUGGAAAAAUGUUUUUUUGGAUAAUUAAAAUGUUAAACUUGUUCCUCCUUGGUUAAAAGGGCCAUCAGGUAAUCUUGCAAAAUAGUGGACAAAAGUUAUUACUAAAAAAAAUAUAUAUUUUUGUUAUUUCUUUCUCACUAAUAGUGUAUUGAUGGUAGCCAGUUGGGCAGUCUGUAGUAUUGUGUUAAUACAAAUACAUGUAAAUUAUUAAUUGGGUGAAUGAAUACAGUAGAUAAGAAGAAGUAGAUAUGUUCCAAUAUUAUAUAAUUAUUAACAAUACAAUGUUGUAUUAUCUUAAAUGUUAUACCGUAAAUUGGAAACUAAUUACUGCAAUUAUAUUAGUAAGAAAAUUAAUAUUUUGUUGGGAAAAAAAGAUAAAAAUAUUUAAACAUGCUUGGAAUUAAAAUUAGACUAAAAUAACAAAAAUGUUUGUAUAGAGGACUUAGGAGAAAGUGCUAUUAAUUAGACUAUUUUAUUUUACGAUAUUAUUUAUUUAUUUUUCAAAAUCCUCUAUCUUGUAAUUGUGAAGUAUUCCAUAUUUUUGACAUAUAAAUGUUUUGUAAUUGAUGCUUUUGAAAUUACUUUAUUAGGUUUUUUUUUUUUAUAGAAAAAGGUAUCUAAUUUUUAUUGCACUAAUAUGAUGUGAAAAAAAAAUUAAUUAUUUUCAUGCACUUACAGUAAUCAAAUUAUCAUUCUAAUUGUAGAAGUAAUAUAAAUUAAUUAAAACAGAAAAAAAAAUUGUGUUUCAAUAUUUGAAAAAUUACAUGUAUUAAGAUUGUAGAAUGAAAUUAAAUUUGUUUAGCUUAUAACAAAGAAUUUCAGGUUAAUUUAUAACUAUGAUUGAUUAAAGAGUUGUAAAUGAAUGCAGAUAAAGUAAAUAGUAACUCCAUUAUUCAGAAAACAAAUGAAAGCCAAGACAAUUGUACGGAAUGUGAAAUAUUAGCUUAGUACCUGUGAAUUAUUAGGUUCUGUCCAAACUAUCAAAUGAUAUGUCACAAAAUGUGACAUGUCCAUAAUCUGGGUGUAAUAUGACAUCAUCAUGCCUAUAUAUGGGCACAUCACAGAAAUUUGAGAGUGUGGUCAUAGCCUUACUCAAGUAUUUAGAAAUCUUGGUUAAUUACUGUCAUUAAGUAGUAAGUAAUCCAGAAAAAAGAAGAAAAAACACAGAAGAGAUUAUUAUUUGUUUUUACUUUAUUAUGCUUAAAAACAAGAUCGAUUAUAUAGUUACAGAUCUUGUUUUCUUGUGGUGGCUAGUGAUAUAUUUUCUUUUUUUUUUAGAAAUAUUUGAUUUUUCUUGUACUGUACUUAUUUUUGUCUGUAGAAGUUUUUUCUUAGAUACAGUAUAUUUCACCAGCAUGUAGGAUGCAGCUUUUUAUUUUGUUUAAUAGUUUGUAGUAUAUACAGUAUAUUGCUGUUUUAUUCUAUCUGCUUGUCUAUUACUGAACACCAUUGUACUAAUUUCAUACUGUACUGUUAGUAGACCAACAUGUGGAUUACCUUCUCUAUACCAAAUUUAAUUUUAGAUAUUGAUAUGUCAGUUAAGGUUCCAUCUUGCAAAGAAUGUAGUUUAUUAAUUUUCCAGAUUUUCUAAUGAUUGUUGUUAUUACAUAAGAAACCCAUUUAUAAAAAUCCAUGAAUUUAUUUAGUUAAUUUUAAUUAAUUAGUAUUAUUGCAUUCAUUUUAAUUAUUGUUUUUUAUCACUUGUGUUUCCAUAUUAAUUAUCUACUAUAGGGUUAUACUUUAAUGAUUUUAACGAGUGUUGAUUUUAAGGGUAUUUGUAGUAAUAUAAACCUAUGCCGAACAGAUUCUACCCAUUAGUAUGCUUGACUUAUCUUGUACUAACAAGUUUAGAAUGAAUACACAUUUUUCAGUAUUUAUAUUAUUGUCCAUUUGUUAUCAACAGAAGAAUGGUGAAAUAUAUUUGAGCGUAAAUAAAAUUUAGUUACAUUAUAUUUAAGAAUACUACUGAUUUUUGGUACAGAGCUAAAGAAGAAAAGUAUGACAGAAUUCUGAAAAAAAUCGCUUUAAUUGGGUCAAUUGUUCACUGCGCCUUUGAUAAUGUUUUUUGAAUUGGCGCGUUAUAAAUUUCUGCAUAUUAUAUUAUUAUUUUAUUAUUAAAAGCAAAAGUAUUAGCCAUUGUGAUUGCCAAGAUAAAUUCUAGUCAAAUCUAAAAUUGUUGGUACAAGUUAACGAAAGAUAGGAAUGUACUAUCCACAGUCAGUCACAAAUUUACUUUACUGUAAUUUUACGAUUGAAAAUUACAGUAUUUCUUACAAUUACAGUGUAUAGUUUUCAUUAAGGUACAUAGAACUUUGUAUUCUAUUACCUGUAUAGUAACAGAACUGUGUUAAUGGGCGUAGAAGCCAAGAAAUGGGGAACCUCUGCACCCUUCCCCAACGUUUCAGGUUAGGAACCGAGAGCCUAAGAAACAUGAAGUAAAUUUAGACCAAUGAAAAAUUUUGAGGAAUUUAAAGCGAG